GGAAAGAGGUGCAGUGUUCACGCUUGGUAGCUGGUGUAUCGGACUCGGGCACCUCCGGCUGGCUUUGUGUCCCCGAGACUCAUCAGAAAAGCCUUUCCAGCCCUCGGACUCCAGAGAGAGACUUUUUGUGACCACCGACCUUGAACCCUGCAGAGGCUGAGCGAUGGCGUCCAUGGGACUUCAGGUGCUGGGAAUCUUCUUGGCAGUCCUGGGCUGGUUGGGAGUCAUCCUGAGUUGUGCGCUCCCCAUGUGGCGGGUGACCGCCUUCAUCGGCAGCAACAUCGUCACGGCCCAGACCAGCUGGGAGGGCCUGUGGAUGAACUGCGUGGUGCAGAGCACCGGCCAGAUGCAGUGCAAGGUGUACGACUCGAUGCUAGCCCUGCCUCAGGACCUGCAGGCCGCCCGAGCCCUUAUGGUCAUCAGCAUCAUCGUGGGCGCUCUCGGGAUGCUUCUCUCAGUGGUAGGGGGCAAGUGCACCAACUGCAUGGAGGACGAGACCGUCAAGGCCAAGGUCAUGAUCACAGCCGGGGCCGUGUUCAUCGUGGCAAGCUUGCUGAUUAUGGUGCCUGUGUCCUGGACCGCUCACAACGUCAUCCGCGACUUCUACAACCCUCUGGUGGCUUCCGGACAGAAAAGGGAGAUGGGGGCCUCGCUUUACAUCGGCUGGGCGGCCUCUGGGCUGCUGGCUCUGGGAGGAGGUCUCCUCUGUUGCAGUUGCCCACCUCGCAGCAACGACAAGCCCUACUCGGCCAAGUACUCCGCCGCCCGCUCUGUCCCCGCCAGCAACUACGUGUAAGGUGUGCCGCUUUGUGUCCACACCGCCUUUGAUAGCUUUCUUGGAUUGAGCUAAUAACAGCUUGUGGCCCCUCACAUUCUCCAGGACUCGCCCUGCUCUGGGCCACGGACUGUUUGCUGGGUACGGGCAAACCCGGACUGUGCCAAGUUACUACUAGCCCGUAGCCCUUGGGGACCCACCUGCCCCACUCGGACACAUCUCAAGGUUCCUUACUCCCGCAAGGAUGGAUGGAAAAAAUAGUCCCUUGCUGCCUAUAUCCAAAUUGCUCGUGGAAUCGGGGCUGAUGGCAGAGGCAGCUGGGUACAGCAGUGGAGGGGGGGAGCUGGGUCCUGCUGGCCGGGAUAGCUCAGCUGUGACUUUGGACUUGGAGUGGGUGUCCUGCUCGUGUUAGCAGGACCACGUCCACUGUCCUUUCUCUAUCCCCCACUCUCAGCCUACACGUCGCUGCAGCGCCAGUCUUGCCAUGACGCCCGGCGUUUCCGAGCACACCUGGUCUCUCCUGGAGUCUUGGUGUGCCAAAUGACUGACUGAAGGGCCACUGAGAGCCGGUGGGUUCCGCCAUGGAAUCCUCCCAGUGAUUAGCAAUGACUGGGGCCUUACCCACCCACCUACCCUGGUAAUGAAGUUCUGUGGAGUGGAUGGACGGGUUUGAAGGAAGGGCGGAGGUGGAUUAAACUGGUUUGGGGAGGGCUGGGCCUGGGGACCUAGAAGCAGCCCAGGGUGUCCCCACCCCUUUCCCCUACUGUCUUGCUAAAUGCUCUCUGAUCUAUGUGCUCCCACUCCCUCCUCAGAAGGACCCUGUGUCUCUUGAGUGGGCCCCUCUGAAUUCCCUCCCCUUUGUCCAUUUCAAGGACGCCGGCCAGUCUGCUGAAGGUACAGGGGUGACGAUGGCCUUGCACCAGGGAGCCUCCUGGACUCCCCUGCCUUCUCUGUGGUUUCUUGUUUUGUAAUUUAAGGUCUGUUCACAGCUGUAAUUAUUAUUUUCUACAAUAAAUGGCACCUGCAUAC